CCCACCGCGAAGUGGAAAGUGGCCAGGCCAGGAUGCUGCUGGUAUGGGAGGAAGGAAUGUGCUCACUGCUGCGUGUGCUCCAUCUGCGCAGGAUUGGGGGCCGUUUGUUUGGAUCACUCUUGUUUGCCUAGUGUUGCAUUCUCAGGAAGAGCUCUCCAGAACAGCCAUUCUGGAGGCCGGUGUGAGAGGUGGAGGAGAUGGCGACGGAGGUCAGCGCUCAGGGCAGCGCCCAUUGGCAUGAGGAAUACAGCUUGUACAGCAGCCUGAGCGAGGAGGAGCAGGUCCAGCUGGCCAUCGAGCAGAGCCUGGCAGACAAGACGCGAGGCCCCACUGAGGCCACGGCGCCCACCCGGACCAACCAACAACCCGCCCAUUUCUACCCAUGGACCAGGUCCGCGGUGCCCCCCGAGCCCCCGCCGGCCCGAGCGCCCAUGGGCUUGUUCCAGGGGGUGAUGCAGAAGUACAACAGCAGCUUGUUCAAGUCCUCCCAGCUGGCGGCCAUGGACCCUGUGCUGAAGGCCAUCAAGGAAGGCAAUGAAGAGGCCUUGAAGGUCAUGAUCAAGGAUGGGAAGAACCUCGCGGAGCCCAACAAGGAAGGUUGGCUGCCACUCCACGAGGCUGCCUACUACGGCCAGCUGGGCUGCCUGAAGGUCCUGCAGCAAGCAUACCCGGGGGCCAUCGAUCAACGCACACUGCAGGAAGAGACGGCUCUGUACCUGGCCACAUGUCGAGAACAUCUGGACUGCCUGCUGUCACUGCUCCAGGCUGGGGCAGAGCCUGACAUCUCCAACAAGUCUCGCGAGACACCACUCUACAAAGGUGCUGACAUUAAUACGCAGGCCAGUGACAGCGCAUCUGCGCUCUACGAGGCCUGCAAAAAUGAGCACGAAGAUGUGGCAGAGUUCCUGCUGUCCCAGGGCGCUGACGCCAACAGGGCCAACAAGGAUGGUCUACUCCCACUUCACAUCGCCUCCAAGAAGGGCAACUACAGGUGCACUGUUUCCUGUUUUUCAGUUUGGCAAAGGGAUCUUGUGAAAUCAAAGAUCAAUACCAAGGCGCUGCUGGGCGCGCGCUUCGACGUGAACGCGCCGCUGGCGCCCGAGCGCGCGCGCCUGUACGAGGACCGGCGCAGCUCGGCGCUCUACUUCGCCGUGGUCAACAACAACGUGCGCGCCACCGAGCUGCUGCUGGGCGCGGGCGCCGACCCCAACCGCGACGUCAUCAGCCCGCUGCUCGUGGCCAUCCGCCACGGCUGCCUGCGCACCAUGCGGCUGCUGCUGGACCACGGCGCCGACAUCGACGCCUACGUCGCCACGCACCCCACCGCCUUCCCCGCCACCAUCAUGUUCGCCAUGAAGUGCCUGUCGCUGCUCAAGUUCCUCAUGGACCUGGGCUGCGACGGCGAGGCCUGCUUCUCCUGCCGCUACGGCAACGGCCCGCACCCGCCCGCCCCGCCGCGCGCGGGCCGCUUCCACGACGCGCCGGCCGAGGACAAGGCGCCCGGCGCGGUGCAGUUCUGCGAGUUCCUCUCGGCCCCGGAGGUGAGCCGCUGGGCAGGGCCCAUCAUCGACGUCCUCCUGGACUACGUGGGCAACGUGCAGCUGUGCUCCCGGCUCAAGGAGCACAUCGACAGCUUCGAGGACUGGGCUGUCAUCAAGGAGAAGGCAGAACCUCCAAGACCUCUGGCUCACCUUUGUCGGCUGCGGGUUCGAAAGGCCAUUGGGAAAUAUCGUAUAAAGCUCCUAGAUACGCUGCCUCUCCCGGGCAGGCUGAUUAGAUACCUGAAAUAUGAGAACACCCAGUAAUGGGCCUCAGGGAGAAGGAAUGGCCCUGCUUCCUUGAUGUCUCAGGAGAGUGGUAUCCUGUGUCCAGGGCACGCAGGGGCAGAUGAGGCUGCAGGCCGCCCCCUCUGUCAGGGCAGCGGCAGUGACCUUGCUGGGCUGUGGCAGAGCUUUGCCCAGAGCGAGGAGCACAGUGUGUCAGUAGGAGAAGAAUCAUUUGUUUCAAACUGUUGUGUAGAUGAGGCCUUCUCUGCCAGUGAGAAGGGCAGAGACCUCCACUGGGAGGCCAGGGCAGAGCCUGAGGUGGUCUGGGCAGGGCAGGCUCAGUGAGGCCCAGCUCCACUUGGACUGUGUCUGGAAGACUUGUGGAGAUGAGUUUACUGUCCGGGAUGACCUCAUGCCCCUCUCGUCCUUGUGAACCCCUCCACUGGACUCUGGACUUUGCCCUCAAAGGUGGGGCCCAGCACUGGGAGAAAGGACCCAGGUGUGGCCCAGGGGGCUUUUCACUGAGUUCAAAUAAAUGUUACACACAGAU